CAAAAUGAUCCCACCAAAGUCUUUUUUGGUAAACGUCUGGCCAAGAUGGCCUCAUUCCUUGGCGUGGCGAUCAAAUUCGGCCGUGCGCCCUUUGGACUCCUCGGCUCGAACGAAAAUGAAGGCGAGCGCCUCCUCCGCAAACCGUCUCUCGGAGCGGAACCAACAUCACUGCUGGGAUAACUCUCUGCCUACGAGUAACACCUGUUGGUACCUCCGAGGUUCUUUUGCCCGCAACCAAUGUCAUUCAAACAUGCUGGUGUCGGGUUUCUCCACCGCCGUGGUCAACACCAAUACAGACACACAAUCGCAACAAAUCCCAGACCAAAACAAAUCAUCCGUGCCCUUUUUACUCGCAGACAUCGGCGAAGGCAUUGCGGAAGUGGAAUUGCUGCAGUGGUACGUGAACGCGGGGGAUCGCGUACAGCAGUUUGACAAGAUUUGCGAAGUUCAGUCGGACAAGGCGACCGUGGAAAUUACCUCUCGGUACGACGGCUUGGUGGCAUCAUUGGAAGGCAACGUCGGUGAUAUGAUUCGUGUAGGGGAGGCCCUUCUCAGCAUCUCGCACAAUUCGGAAAACCAUCUCCGGUCGGACGACGACAAAGGCAGCACGGUACGCGGGGACUCGAAAUUCCAAGCUUCCCCGGCGGUACGCCGACUGGGACACGAACACAAUCUAGAUUUGUCGGGUAUACGCGGCACCGGGCCGCGCGGUCGGCUGCUCAAAACGGAUGUACUGACCUAUCUACGAGAAGUGGGAGUGCAGCAACAGGAUCAAGAAACAGGAGAAUGGAAGGCCCCUCGCCAAACGACUACUGAUGCGUCCUUGAUCGAACAAGUUGUUGCCCUCAAAGGUUACCAUCGUCUCAUGGCACAAACGAUGACGGCGUCGUUGCAAAUUCCGCACAUGGGUCUGGGCGACGAAAUUGUCGUCGACCAGCUGCUUGCCUGUCGUAGGCAAAUUAACGCUGCACGUCAGGGACCCGACGAGGUACAAAUAUCCUUACUCGCGUUUUUUCUAAAGGCGUGCAGUCUCGCAUUGGGCGAAUACCCCAUGCUCAACAGUCGGAUCGAAGGCGACACCGACGCGUUUCUACAAAACUUCCAGGUCCGGCUGCUGCCUCGACACGACUUGGGAGUGGCCAUGGCCACUCCUCGGGGUCUCGUGGUGCCGGUUGUUCGCGGCUGCGAGCAACGUUCGCUGCUGGAGCUGCAAAUCGAACUGAAUCGGCUAAAAGCCGCCGCGACCGAAUCCCGUCUCCAUGCAGACGAUUUGACGACUCCUACGUUUACGCUUUCCAAUAUUGGCAGUAUGAAUGUGGGUCAAACAUUGAAACCGGUAUUGGUGCCACCCUUGGUGGCCAUGGGAGCUUUGGGGCGGAUUCAGCGCGUACCGCGGUUUGUGGAGGACGACGACGACGGCGCCAACCCCUCGGACAAGAAUACGGUAGUCGCCACGAAUAUUCUCCACGUAUCUUGGGCCGGCGAUCACCGUAUCUUGGACGGAGCCACACUGGCCCGGUUUCAUCUAGCCUUUGCGAGCUACGUGUCGAAUCCUCACCGUAUGCUACUUCAUCUACAUUGACUGUGAGUUGCCAACACAAAGUAUAUUGUGAAACGAAUGCAUAACCCAAGCUACGUAGUUCGACAUUACUAGAAAGAAUGUGUAUGGAUGUUCCGAACGUACGGCAGAUGAAACAGGAUUAAAAGUUUGGUUGUUUCAC